AUGUCUCACUUCAUUCUUCAAGAAGAUAACGAGUCACUCGGUUUCAUGAAGCCAUGGGACUUAACGGUUUCACCAAAUUCAACUCUCUGGUCACCAGUGAGUUAUAACCAUGGAAGCUCUGAAGGGUCAUCAUCAUCUCAGGAACCAUCACCACCACCUACACCGUGUUGGAAAACAACAAGAACAACAACCUACGAUCAUGUCGUUGAUGUGUUUGAGAAUAAUAGUAGUUCUAUGAAUUCGAUUUCGUCGCACCAGGCAUUGAUUCAGGAACAAAUCAAAGCUAUUGAAGUAAGUAAACAACAUGAAAAAGAGAUUCGUAGUGAGAAGAAAGAGAAUGGAGUACUGAACCGGGUUCGUCCUCGUCCACCUAGACCGACUCCAUUGCAGACCGGUAUGCGAGCGGUUUUUAUUGGCGGACCCGGUUCGAGAAACGGGACCGGUGUUUUCUUGCCUCGUUCCGGAACCGUUGCUCCAUCGGAAUCAAACAAAAAGAAAGGGAAAGGUUGCUCCACUGUCCUUAUACCAGCAAGAGUUGUGCAAGCUUUGCAACAACACUUUGACAAAACCGCUGCUAUACCUGGAGGACCCAAAGUUGUUGGAUUCCCUCCACUAACAGAUCUUGUUGUGAGUGAUAAGGAAGGUAUGUAUUCACUAGAGAACCAACAGUCAACAAAAGCAGCAAAAGAUGUCCAAGAUGAUAUGAUUCUGCCACAAGAGUGGACAUAUUGA